UUUUUUUGCACGCGGGGGCGAGGAGAGAUGACGUCAAGCCGCUAAACGGCGCCGUGUUGUCAGCUGCUGGGAAAAGACGACCGAAAAGAAGUGCUCGUGUGUGUAUUCUCGGUUGAUUCGUUUGCCUUUUUAAAGCCUUCGCUAUGGCCGCCGCCAAGAUGCGAGCGGUUGUUCCGUAAGCGAGAGCCUCGCUGAGACCGACGUGGGAUAACGGGCCCCUAGAACCUACUCAGGUCGCUUUCGGAGCCAUUUUUGUCUGCUGGCAGCUGGUGACACCGCCAUGAACGUGGGUACGGCACACAGCGAGGUGAACCCCAACACGCGCGUGAUGAACAGCCGCGGCAUGUGGCUGUCGUACAUCCUGGGCAUCGGCCUGCUGCACGUCAUCCUCCUCAGCAUCCCCUUUGCCAGCGUGCCCGUGGUGUGGACCCUCACCAACCUCAUCCACAACCUGUGCAUGUACCUGCUCCUGCACACCGUCAAAGGGACGCCUUUUGAGACUCCUGACCAGGGCAAGGCUCGCCUCCUGACGCACUGGGAGCAGAUGGACUACGGCGUGCAGUUCACCGCCUCACGCAAGUUCCUCACCAUCACGCCUAUCGUCCUGUACAUCCUCACCAGCUUUUACACCAAAUACGACCCCGUGCACUUCGUGGUCAACACGGUAUCGCUGCUCACCGUACUCAUUCCCAAGCUGCCACAGCUGCACGGCGUCCGCCUCUUCGGGAUCAAUAAGUACUGACCAGGGAAAUGGGAUGAUUGGGGGGCGGAUGGGGGGGGGGGGUCCUGCAAUCUUUUUCGUCCCCAAAAAUGGAGGUCCCCAUGCCAUUUUUACAUGGGGACCCUGAAAUGCCGUCGCCCCAGAAGACGCGCCUGCACAGAGGACAAAGCAUGGAAAUGUUUUUGGACUUUCAGACUGUAAAGCGUUCGGACGGGAUUAGAUGCUAGUUAGCAUGUUAGUAUACGUUUCUCAUACGUUUUCUCAGACGAGUGCGAGAAGUGGGGAGCCUCUCCACCCGCUAGUGCCAGAAGAGGAGCUUCCUAGCAUGCAUCGGUGUGUGUGGUCCGCAGCCACGGCCGCUCUGGUCGCAUCUCAUGUUGAUAAUUCAUAUUUAUUAUAAUAAUUCUUAUUGUUCUUGUCUGUUUUGGCGUACCCGCUGUCGCCAUUAAAAGGGCUGAAAUGGAAGAUUUGUUUGAUUUUUAGGGAAGUUGUUAGCUCGUGGUCACGUGAUCUUGUGUAUAAAACAUACAGAUAGAUAUACAGUAUUUUUCAAACUCA